UCGAGCACCAGAAGUUGCAAAAGGAAAUGUCAUCUACAAUCACCAAGCGGAUAUAUAUUCCUUUGGAUUACUUUUAUAUGACAUAAUUACGAAUGGUAAAAGAAUCUCUGAUGGAAUGAAGUUUCCGAACGACUUUGAUGAGAUGGCAGUUCAGGGGAGAUUGCCAGAUCCAGUCAAAUAAUUAAACUGUUCACCAUGACCUGGUAUACAGAACUUAAUUGAACAUUGUCUGAAGCAAAAUGCUGAGGACAGACCUACAUCUUCUCAGCAAAGAAGACAACUUGCUUUUGGUGGGAACAGCAGAUGGGAAGCUUGUUAUUUUUAAGGAUACAACGGUAAAGUAUCAAGAUGGUGCACCAGUGAAGGUUGUGGAAAUUGGCGACAUCAGUACUCCUUUAGUAUGUUUGAGCAUUUCAUCCAUUUUAGGACAGGUGACCUACUGGGCAGGCUGUGGAACAAAAGUCGUAUCACUCAACUGUGAUUUUACAGUUCAGAAGAUGAUGGAGACAAAAACUAGGCCACUAAGACAACAGAAAUGUAAUAAUGGAAAUAUUAUCACAAUGGUGAUUGAUAAUUAUAUUUAUCUGGUAAAGAAGGGCAGCCAUGUUGUCGAACUGUGGGACAAAAAUGUAGAUAAAAUAAGUCUGAUAAUUGACUGCGCAUCUGUUCUUAAAAAUGACACCUAUUCUGCAAGAGUGAAAGCAUUGCAUCUUCAAAAGGGAACUACCCUUUGGAUUGGAACAGGAGGGGGUGACAUCAUAUUAUUUGACCUUUCCACUCAUCAACCCAUUUGUGUAUUGGAUACAUUUUGCCACUCCAUUAGAAGCAUGGUGACAAUACAAAUUGAAAAGGAAUGCCAUUGCACUGUCUUGCUGAUUCUAGGAAAUGUUAAUAAAGAUUAUUUCGAAGACGACAAAUGGCAGAAAGAAGAACAAUCACAGCUGUUUGUAUGGGAUAUGAGCCUGCCUUAUGAGAUCCAGAACUUGAAGAAUCAUAAUGAUAUUCGAAGAGAAAUAACCACGAAAAUGAGGAGUGGAUCAUUGAAAUAAUUGCAUGUGGGCAAAUACAUAUGAAUAUAUUUUUAACUUAACAAUGUUUUAUAUGUAUUGAAAUUAUGAAGUUCUCAACCUAAUAUUUUAAAGUUUGAGUUAGGCAAGAAAGUAUUACACACACAAGAGCUACACAAUGUCUCCUGUGCUUGCCCAUUGCACAAAUGUUCUUUGUAAGAAUUGAAACUUUACAUUUGAGUAGGAAUACUUUCAUCCUGACUAUAAUUGUGUUAUUGUCAUGUUGUUUUAAACCUUUAUGUUUAUUUAUAAAUAUAUGUGCCUUUUUGGCUAUUGUCCUCAACUGAGUGAUUUCGCAACACAAAAUAAUGCUGAGGGAGUAGCAAUUUGAUGGUUCCAUUAUCUAUGUUCUAAAUUCUGCACUGAAGGACCAUAUGAGAGGGCUGAGUUUCAUGAGCCAUAAAGAACAAAUCCAGUUGAUGGUUGCCACAUUGGAAUUUGUGCCUAUCAAAUGGCCUAUUAUCAAUAAUAGCUAAUGAAAGAAAUCAGGGAAUUUGAUGAAAUGUAUAUUAAGCCAUGUUCAAUUUUUAUGGAAUAAUGCUUAGAACUUGCUAGAGAAAUGACCUUUUAAAAUGAUAACCACCUGCUUGAGAUAAUUGCAUGUAUAUAUUUUAAAAACAGAUUUGAACCACAUACCACUUAUAGAGCAUUUGGGGGGCAAAAUGACAAGGGCAGCACUGUUCUUAUUUGAUGCCGUAUUGCUGGCUGAAAAGAACAUUCAGUGAAGGAUCCCGAUCCAAAACAUUGUCCAUUCCCUCCACAGAUGCUUUCUGGCCUGCUGCGUUCCUCCAGCACUAUGUGUUUUGUCUGAGACUCGAGCAUCUGCAGUUUAUUGGCUCCAUUGGAAAAAACUAUUUGUUAACUGUAUAAAUUCCAACCAUACCUGAUAAGAUUUGCAAUUUGAAGUAUAUUCUGAAGUGAAAUAAUAAUACUUUGUGUCUUUUAACUGUUGGGUUGUCUAACAAUCCUAUAAUUGUACUAGUAGAAUCACAAUUUCAAUACAAAUUUUUGCUACUUCUAUUUAAUUCACCACAAUGAAUGCUUACACCUUCACUCGGAUUUCCUAUUCAUCAAAUUAGUGUCCAGUAUUUCUUUUUUGUCCCAUUCCCACUUUUAUGUUUUCCCAUCUUAUGCUGCUCACCCCCCUGCCCCAUCCACUCACCAUUUUUCUACAUUCCUUCCCCAUCUGCUUUCAAGUGCAAUCCCAAACCUUUAUAAAACGCAUAUAUAAACAAAGCGGCUUUGCUGUUAUGUUAAACUGUCAUUGUUUAAUUUUAGUUUUUAAUCUGUCACUUUCCAUUUUUUUGGAUUCCCAUCUCAUACGCCCUUUGAUAAGCAGCGCAAAGAACCAACAAAUAAAAAAAAGAUAGUACAAUACAGUUUACAUUUGAAAGUAUUUGAAAAUGUUUAGGCCUUUUCAUUGUCCAAUUCCAUUGUCCUAUAUAAUUCAGUAUAACUAAGCUUAUGUAGGAAUAUUUUGCUUCAAAAGAUUAUUUAAAUUAAGUGAUGCAAAUUGAGAGUUGCAGCAUAUAUAUCUUUGUGGCCAAUUUUAAUUAUGUCAUAGAAAGAAAUUGCAAGCUGCUAGUUAAUUUUAGCACUAAAGAUUUCAAUGUGUUAGAAUAAUAACUUAACUCUCCCAUAUGUAACAUUAAUAAUUGAAAGAAGUUGAAGAGCAAGAAUAGUGAUUUUCUGUGAGCUACAUUAUUUUCUGCAAAAAUAAGAUUUUUUUUUGUGUUGUGCCUACCUAACUACUUUGAAUCAUCAGUAUAUAUUGCAGUCUCGUUGAGUAGGUCUCAGAGCAAAUAGCUUCCUGAUUCAUCAGGAUCAAUAUCCGUGGAUGCCGUUGGCUUGUUCACACAUUCUCAUGAUUUAAACAAGUUAUUCCAGUUGGUGCGGAACUUUUUCUUAAAGCAAACUUAACUUCAAGGCAAACAAAGGCAUAAUGUAUUCUCAGGUGUUUAAUAAGGUAUUAGAAUACAAUAUUUACUAGUGUGACAAAUGUCGAUUAUAUCCUAUUAGUGCUUACAAUGUGUCCAUUCAAUGUAAACAGAUACUUUGCUUAUGUAAUGAAGACUUGUGGUCAAAACCCCAGUGAACAUCAGUGCCUCCAGACAGUUUCAUUGUGCAUUGCAUUGCAUAUAUUUUUUGAGUUCUCUGUAUUCUUCAAGAUAAACUUGUGUCUGACAGAAA